AUGGGCACCAUGACCCUGCCGCCCGGCUUCAGGUUCCACCCCACCGACGACGAGCUCGUCGGCUACUACCUCAAGCGGAGGGUCGACAACCUCAAGAUCGAGCUCGAGGUCAUCCCCGUCAUCGACCUCUACAAGUGCGAGCCAUGGGAGUUGCCAGAGAAGUCGUUCCUGCCCAAGAGGGACCUGGAGUGGUUCUUCUUCGUGCCGCGGGACCGCAAGUACCCCAACGGGUCGCGCACCAACCGGGCCACCACAACGGGCUACUGGAAGGCCACCGGCAAGGACCGCAAGGUGUCGUGCGACGGCGGCGCCGUGUGCGGCGUCAGGAAGACGCUGGUGUUCUACAAGGGCCGGGCCCCCGGCGGCGAGCGCACCGACUGGGUGAUGCACGAGUACCGCCUCUGCCAGGACCUCCUCCACGGCGCCUCCAACUUCAUCGGCGCCUACGCGCUCUGCCGCGUCAUCAAGCGCACCGAGGCCGGCCUCCUCCACGGCGACGCGGCCGCCAAGGCGAGGCCGGGCCACCGGCAGAUGAGCAAGGUCGGGAGCAGCUCGUCGCUGGUCACCACGGACCAGCAGCUGGGCUCCCUCACGCCCAGCCCGCCGCGCCUCGACAUCGUCGGCAACGCCUUCCAGCUCCACAGCUCCCCCUCUCCCCUGUACGGAGGAGGAGGGGAGGUGGUGUCCGGCAUGGGCACGCCUCUGGGGUUCCCGCAGCAGGACGCCGCCGCCACAUUCUUCAUCGACGGCGACUUCGCCGGCGCAGGCGAGACGACGCAGUCGCACAUGCCCUUCUUCGGCGACAUGGGCGUGGUCUCGGACCACGAGCUCAGAUGGGACACCUUGCCGCCCUGCGCCAACAGCACCUUCUCCACCACCGCCGCUGCAGGCGCGGCGGAGCUGUGGAACCCGGCGGCACCGAACGCCGCCGCCCCGAUGCUGUGCAGGGAGGCGAGCGACGACCUGGCGGCGUUUUUCUCGUCCUUGGACGAGAACAACAUGGUGGUCUACUGA